GAGAGAGAGAGAGAGGGGGAGAGAGAGAUCUGGGCUGCAGUUCCUGGUCAUCUUUCGCUGGCCCACUUUAUUCAAUUAUGCCGGGCGGCCACACAGGCCCCUCCCCUCGCUGAUGACACCGGCAGACCCUCCUUAAGUUGCGUCGCGCCACAGCUGUCUACGAACACUGAGCUGACUGGCGCCAUCCUGAAAGAAUGCCUUCACUGUAAAAAAACACAGAGCCAGAGAGAGAGAGAGACAGAGAGCGAGAGAGGGAGGGAGAGAACUGCACUGCCGGGACGGAGAGAGUUCAGAGUGACUGAGAGAGAAAGAGAGAGAGAGAGAGCGAGAGGGAGGGAGGGAAGUAUAGAGAGAGAGCGAGAGAGUAGGGGAGAGGGGUUGCCGCUCCUGCGCAUAAACAGAGAUUUGAUCUGCGAGUUAAAGUUCGGUGCAACUCAGUGUGCAGAGAAGGCAUCCAUACCCACGGCCGAGCGACACUGUAAACACACCGGGUACUUGUUGAGUCGCCUGAACAAUUUUGGAAGUUUGUAAAGUGGGAAAAGUUGAGGAACUUUUAGCGGAACUGGAUAUGAACCUUGGACUUUCAUGACGACUAUCGGUAUCAGCGAUAUUUUUCUUAAAUGUGAUCGAAGGUAUAUCGCCUAUCAACGGACACCUUUGGAUUUAACGAAGCAGGACUUUUUUGGGACAGAUAUAUUUUUUCUUUCCUUGUGUCGUUUCGGUCCUCUCCAGUGUGUAUGAACGUUUGUUAAGAAAAAAAGCGAUGGAAGUAAGCGCGGACCAACCCCGAUGGAUGAGCCAUCACCACCCGGCGGUAAUUAACGGGCAGCAUCCCGACUCCCACCACCCAGGCCUCGGCCACUCUUACGUGGACCCGUCGCAGUAUCCCCUCGCUGAAGAUGUGGAUGUACUGUUUAAUAUCGAUGGACAGCCCAAUCACGUUUCGUCGUACUACGGGAACUCGGUGCGGGCCGUGCAGAGAUAUCCACCGCCGCCACACAGUAGUCAGGUAUGUCGCCCGUCCUUACUCCACGGAUCUCUGCCCUGGCUCGAUGGCAGCAAAGGCAUCGGCCCUCAUCACAGCUCUUCGCCGUGGAACUUGAGCCCUUUCCCCAAGACCUCGCUGCACCAUGGUUCCCCCGGGGGCCUGCCAGUCUACCCCCCGGCCUCGUCCUCCUCCCUGUCCGGAGGGCACUCCAGUCCGCACCUCUUUACCUUCCCCCCGACUCCUCCCAAAGACGUGUCCCCGGACCCCGGCAUCUCCACGGGCUCAGGCGGGUCUGUGCGCCCGGAGGAUAAAGAAUGCAUUAAGUACCAAGUGUCCCUGGCCGAGAGCAUGAAACUGGAGUCCCAUAGUCGAAGCAUGGCAUCAAUCGGAGCGGGUGGCUCUUCCGCCCAUCAUCACCCCAUCGCCACUUACCCAUCCUAUGUGUCCGAUUACGGCCCAGGCCUCUUCCCACCCAGUAGCCUCAUAGGUGGGUCUACUUCUAGUUAUGGUUCCAAAACAAGACCAAAAACAAGGUCAUGUUCAGAAGGUAGAGAGUGCGUUAACUGCGGAGCCACUUCCACACCGCUGUGGCGACGGGACGGCACCGGGCACUAUUUGUGUAACGCCUGCGGCCUCUAUCACAAGAUGAACGGGCAGAAUAGGCCCCUGAUCAAACCCAAGAGGAGGCUGUCUGCCGCCCGAAGAGCAGGGACCUCAUGCGCGAACUGUCAAACGACCACUACGACGCUGUGGCGGAGAAACGCCAACGGGGAUCCCGUCUGCAACGCGUGCGGGCUUUACUUCAAACUGCACAAUAUCAACCGGCCACUCACCAUGAAGAAGGAGGGCAUCCAGACCAGGAACAGGAAGAUGUCCAGCAAGUCCAAGAAGAGUAAAAAAUCUCACGAGAGCAUGGACGACUUCUCCAAGUCGCUGAUGGAGAAGAGCAGCUCGUUCAGUCCGGCGGCGCUCUCCCGCCACAUGUCCUCCUUCCCGCCCUUCUCCCACUCCGGUCACAUGCUCAGCACCCCCACGCCCAUGCACCCGUCGUCCAGCCUGCCCUUCGCCCCGCACCACCCCUCCAGUAUGGUCACCGCCAUGGGCUAGACCACGCUGACCCCCCCCCCCCCCCACCCCCCCCCCGACACACACACACACACAGAGACACAUACACACACAUGCACGCACACACACACAUGCUCUCCUAGCACAAUACACACACACACAGAUACACACACUCUGCGGGCACCCCCAACGCAGUGAACCCCUCAACGUCGCCCCCCACCCCCUCCCCCCUCCCGAUAAAAACCUGACCCCGCAAAGGAAGAAGAACCAUCCGGAACCUACAGCAGCCUGGCGGUGCGUCGCGUCGUGUCGUGAUGUGACGUGUCGGCCAGUGAGCUCCAGAAAAGCCUCCCUCCGCCUCUGCGUCUCAGAAGUGACUCCUUUUUGAGAGACAAAAACAAACAAACAAACAAAGACAACAACUUCUGUGACCUCUUGAACUUUGAGCUCCUUCUUCUGCGUCUUUUUGAGAAGAACGAUCGAGCGAGCGAAGGAAAGGAAAAAAGAUUGAAAGAAAAGACUUUAUGAAAGCAAGCGAGAAAAAAAGGACGACUCUACUCCUCGACACACACACACCUCCCUCCCCCACCAGACCUGCUCUCCUGCCUGCCUGCCUGCCUGCGUCCAGCCGUGUACCACCAACUAGCAGAAACACACACACACACACACACACACACACACGGCCUGGACGGAGAGACAGAUUCUCACGCACACAUACCGAAACACACACAUACACACACACACACACACACACACACACACACGCGGAGACACCUAUGAAUGGUCCUCACCAAGUUCUGCAGGAUUGCUCUUGUGGGGAAAAAGACUAUUAAAAGAGAGGCAUGGAUGGAGAGAUGAAGAGAUGAAGAAAAAGAGAAGGAGAGAGAGAAAGAGAGAGAGAGAGAGAGAAAGAGGGAGAUGCAAAGAGACUAUUGCUUGGUUCUGAUGUUGGUUUGACCCCCCCCCCCCCCCACGAUCCCACCACUCUGACGUGACUGUUUGUUCUGUGACCUGGAAGCCCUAGCGUACUGUACAGAAGCCAUUCCCCACCCACAGAACCCACCGGAACCCGACGGAACCCAACGAAACCGUAGAUAUGACCUCUGACCUCUGAACUCAUCAUAAACGGACUGAUAUGCUACCCCACCCCUCCUCCUUACCUCCACACACACACACACACACACACACACACACUCGUGUCCCUGUGCUAGUGUCCCUUAUGCCCUUACCCCCCCCCACCCCAACACACACCUCUCCCCUCCCCCCUACCCGUGCUGUGAAAAGACAUAAGGAAAAAUGAACUUUGAAUAUAUUUGUACAAAUUGUAUGAAAUACAUCACAUUUAAUGAAGACAUUUUUAAUUAAAAAAUGGAAAAAAAAACAUUGCGACAUAAAUGCCCGAGGGCAGCUAACGAUAAGGGUACGUGUUAGUGAGAGGGAGGAGGAGGAGGAGGAGGAGGAGGAGGAGGAGGAGAGGAAGAGCAGAGAGGGAGCGGGAAAAGAGCGACUUGUUUAAAGAUGACGUUGUCUUUCUGUUGGCUGCAUUAAGCUUGCAGAGUGGUUCUACUAAAACCCACUGCACUGCAAGAGGCUGUUUAGGAUGUGAUAUAUAUGUCUCGGCCAAUGGGUUUACAUGUGUUCACAUGCUCAGUGCUCCUCACACACACACACACACACACACAUUUUGUCUCACACACAUACACACGCAAACACCCAUUACACAGAAAUACAUAUACAUGCAAUGUACUGUCACCCACAGACACACACAGACACACAGACACACACACACACACACUCCUGCUCAGCUGAGACCUUUCUUCUGGCCCUCCCCCCCACAGGUUAUAUGCAUUGUGAAAUAAGUCUCCUGUAUUUGUUAUUUGUAUGUAUAAUUGAGAGUACCAAAAAACACGAAAGAAACAAAGAUGUAGAAUUAUUUCUCUAUGUAAUUGCGGACUGAAUGGGUGUACAAAUUUAUUAAUCACUAGUGUAAAGACAAACUGCUUUUUUUUGUUUCGUAAUUUUUUCCCUCUCUUUGAAAAAUAAUAAACUAGUCUAAUCUGUUGACAUCGAUAAA